AUGUGCCCCGGGCCGACCGUCGUCCCAUCCGGACCUCUCGUCGGUGACACAGCUGACGGCGGGGAUGCCGGUCCCAGCACAAGCGCACAGCCAGGCGCCGCAGCCCCAGGCGCCGGCGUCGCCGAACCGACAACUUCUGCUGGCUCCACUGCUGCUGCUGCGGCGGCAGCGGCGGCGGGAACAGCGGCGGCAGCGGACCCGGAAGCUACUGCCGCCGCCAAGGCGCGGAAAGUGGACGCCGCGUACUUCGACAGCUACAGCUACUUCGACAUACACCGGGAGAUGCUGGGGGAUAAGCCCCGCACGCAGUCGUACCAGGCCGCCCUGGAGCACAACCCCCGCCUGAUGCGCGGCGCCACGGUCCUGGAUGUGGGCUGCGGGACGGGCAUAUUGUCGCUGUUCGCAUGCCGAGGGGGGGCUGCUCGCGUGGUGGCGGUGGAUGGCAGCGAGCGGAUCGCGGGGCGCCAUGCCGAGCUAGCAGGCUACAGCGACUCCAGGGGCGGGCCCAUGACGGUGGUAUCUGGCAAGCUGGAGGAGCUGGGGGACAAGCUGCCCGUCCAACAGGUGGACGUCAUCGUGAGCGAGUGGAUGGGCUAUGCGCUGCUGUUCGAGACCAUGCUAGACACCGUGUUGCACGCGCGGGACGUGUACCUGAAACCCGGGGGGGCGCUGCUGCCGGACAGAGCAUCCAUCUUCAUAGCGGGUGGUUUCGCUCGUUGUUCAGGUGCCAGCAGCGCGGCAGGCGGACUGGGCUUCUGGUCCGACGUGUACGGCUUCGACAUGAGUCCCGUGGCGGAGGCGAUUGCGGAGGCGGGUAGGGGGCAGGCGGUGGUGCUCGAGGUGCGGCCCGAACACAUCCUCACCGACACGGCGUGCGUCAAGGUAGAUAUCGGGUUUGGGUUGCAGCAGUCCCGAGAGGUUGGUUGCAUCGUGCUGUGGUUCAACACCGAGUUUUCCGAGCGCCACUGCGCCGAGCACCCAGUGGUGCUGUCCACGUCACCCUACCAGCCCGCAACACACUGGGUGCAGACGCUGCUCACGCUGCGGAAGCCCGUGCCGCUGCUGGGGCCCGUGCCGCCGCUGCCAGCAGGCGGGGGCGAGGCAGGUCGUCCUGGUGCGUUGACUCUGAGCGGUCGCAUCAGCCUGGUUCGCAGUCGUGAACAGCACCGUAGUUUGGAUAUAGGAUUGCAGUACCGGGCGGAGCUGAGCGAUGGGAGCGUUAUUGAGGAGGCGCAGCUGUACCACAUGAGCGUUACGGCGCCUAGCUGAGGUGGCUGAGGUAGAGGUAGAGUACAGAUGGUCGUGGAAGUGGAAGUAGUAGUAGUAGUAGUAGUAGUAGUAGCAGUGAUAGUGGUGACUGUAUGUAUGACUGUAUGUAUGGCUGUAUGUAUGAUUGUGUGUAUAUGUGUAUAUAUGUGUGUAUGAUUGUAUGACUAUGUAUGACUGUAUGUAUGUAUGUAUGCGUUUUAUUGAUCUGACGAGCUACGAGGAGGCUGUGUGUGUGUGUGUGUGUGUGUCUCCCUACUUUUGUGACGUGGGGUUGUGGAGUUCAAUUUGUUAUGGAGACCUGUGAAGAAGGCUUGAUGUGUACCUUAAUAAUAGAAUGGCAUAGUGUAAUCCCACUUAGAUAUUACAGUCGGUUGGAGAUGAUUAAGACCAGCAAAGCGCCGGACCCCAGCCGGGUCCUAUUACUGCUGCUACCAUUGUCUGGUAUAUGAGUGUCGGUCACUUUCCAACAGCACUAUGUAAUUGCUUUUAUC